AGGAGGAGGAGGGGAAGAAGCGCGACGCAGGGACGGCAGAUGCCUGGAAAUAAAAAUUUGAUGAUUGCAUGCAGCGGCUGGAGAGACUCUGUCGGUGGCGGCGGCGGGGACGAGGCAGGGACAGGGGGGGCGACGGCAAAAUGAAGUAUCAGAAAUACCUGACUGUCUUGCAGAUGGCCAUAGGGGUGACCGCCUCCAACAGGGGCAGUCUGAUGCCCUUAAAGAGGAAGCUGUGGGUAACUCCAUCUUCCGAAAAUCCCAAUGGUGCUACCUGUAGUGUAAGUCAGGGAAAGCCCUCUUUAAGAAGAAUAAAAGGGAGAAUACACAGAAGCAAAAGUCUUGAUAGCAUUGAUUUCUGUGAAUUCACUAGCACAACAAUGGAAGAAACAGCUAUAUGGGAACAACACACGGUGACUCUUCACAGGGCCCCUGGAUUUGGAUUUGGUAUUGCAAUAUCUGGAGGAAGAGAUAAUCCUCACUUUCAGAGUGGCGAGACAUCAAUAGUUAUUUCUGAUGUGCUGAAAGGAGGCCCAGCAGAAGGACUGCUACAAGAAAAUGACCGUGUUGCAAUGGUUAAUGGAGUUUCAAUGGAUAAUGUGGAGCAUGCGUUUGCUGUUCAGCAGCUGAGGAAAAGUGGGAAGAAUGCCAAAAUUACUAUCCGAAGGAUGAAGAAGAUUCAGAUCCCAGUGACUCGAGCAGAGCCUGACCCGGUGUCUGAGAAUGAGGACGACAGCUACGACGAGGAGAUCCGCGACCCCCGCAGCAGCCGCGGCGGCCCCAGCGCCGGCAGGAGGCACGAGAAGAGCUGGGUCAGGGAGCGCAGCGCCAGCAGGGACAGGAGCUUGUCUCCCAGGUCAGACAGGAGGUCUGUCACCUCCAGCCAGCCUGCCAAGCCCACCAAAGUCACACUGGUGAAAUCCAGGAAAAAUGAAGAAUAUGGUCUGCGGUUGGCAAGUCACAUAUUUGUGAAAGAAAUAUCACAGGAUAGCCUGGCAGCAAGAGAUGGCAAUAUCCAGGAAGGAGAUGUUGUACUGAAGAUAAAUGGCACAGUGACGGAAAAUAUGUCCUUAGCAGAUGCCAAAACAUUAAUAGAAAGGUCAAAAGGCAAAUUGAAGAUGGUUGUUCAGAGAGAUGAACGAGCCACACUGUUGAAUGUCCCUGAUCUUUCUGACAGUAUUCAUUCUGCUAAUGCUUCAGAAAGAGAUGACAUUUCAGAAAUUCAGUCGCUGGCAUCAGAUCAUUCCAACCGAUCACAUGACAGGCCCCGCCGCAGUCGUUCACGAUCUCCUGACCAGAGGUCAGAGCCUUCAGACCAUUCCAGACAUUCUCCACAGCAGCCCAGCAACGGCAGUCAUCGAAGCAGAGAAGAUGAGAGAAUAACUAAACCUGGAGCUGUCUCUACACCUGUAAAGAAUGCAGAUGAUAUUUCUAAAGCUGUGGAAGAGGUGACAGUUGAAAGAACUGAAAAACAAACUCCACCACUCCCAGAACCAAAGCCAGUGUAUGCACAAGGAGGGCAGCCAGAUGUGGAUUUACCAGUCAGUCCAUCUGAUGGUCCUUUACCCAAUUCAACCCAUGAAGAUGGAAUGCUCCGGCCGAGCAUGAAACUGGUAAAAUUCAGAAAAGGAGAUAGUGUGGGCUUGCGACUAGCAGGUGGCAAUGAUGUUGGCAUAUUUGUAGCUGGUGUUCUGGAAGACAGCCCUGCAGCAAAAGAAGGAUUAGAGGAAGGAGACCAGAUUCUCAGGGUAAAUAAUGUAGACUUCACAAAUAUCAUCAGAGAAGAAGCUGUCCUUUUUUUGCUUGAUCUUCCUAAAGGCGAAGAGGUCACAAUUUUGGCACAGAAGAAAAAAGAUGUCUAUCGUCGCAUUGUUGAGUCUGAUGUAGGAGAUUCUUUCUAUAUCAGAACUCAUUUUGAAUAUGAGAAGGAAUCUCCUUAUGGACUGAGUUUCAAUAAAGGUGAAGUGUUCCGGGUGGUGGACACUCUUUACAAUGGCAAGCUGGGUUCAUGGCUGGCCAUUCGAAUUGGGAAGAAUCAUAAGGAAGUGGAAAGAGGUAUCAUACCUAACAAAAACAGAGCUGAGCAGCUGGCUAGUGUACAGUACACGCUUCCAAAGACAGCAGGAGGAGACCGAGCAGACUUUUGGAGAUUCCGAGGCUUGCGGAGCUCAAAAAGAAAUCUCCGGAAAAGCAGAGAGGAUCUUUCUGCCCAACCUGUUCAGACCAAGUUUCCUGCCUAUGAAAGAGUUGUUCUUCGGGAAGCUGGGUUUCUGAGACCUGUAACCAUUUUCGGUCCAAUAGCUGAUGUUGCACGGGAGAAACUUGCUAGAGAAGAACCAGAUAUCUUCCAAAUUGCAAAAAGUGAACCAAGAGAUGCUGGCACUGACCAACGCAGUUCUGGCAUUAUUCGUCUCCACACUAUAAAGCAGAUAAUUGAUAGAGACAAACAUGCUUUGUUAGAUGUCACCCCCAAUGCAGUGGACCGUCUGAAUUAUGCCCAGUGGUAUCCAAUUGUAGUGUUCCUAAACCCUGACUCUAAGCAGGGAGUAAAGACCAUGAGGAUGAGGUUGUGCCCAGAGUCACGAAAAAGUGCCAGGAAGCUGUAUGAGAGAGCUCACAAGCUCCGCAAAAAUAAUCACCACCUCUUCACAACUACCAUUAACUUGAAUUCAAUGAAUGAAGGAUGGUAUGGAGCUCUUAAGGAAGCAAUUCAGCAACAACAGAACCAACUGGUGUGGGUUUCAGAAGGAAAGGCAGAUGGUGCUACAAGUGAUGAUCUUGAUUUACACGAUGACCGCCUUUCUUACCUCUCCGCUCCCGGCAGUGAGUAUUCCAUGUACAGCACAGACAGCAGACACACGUCUGACUAUGAGGACACAGACACGGAAGGGGGUGCUUACACUGAUCAAGAACUGGAUGAAACUCUGAAUGAUGAGGUUGGGACUCCUCCAGAAUCUGCUAUUACACGUUCCUCUGAACCCGUUCGAGAGGAUGCUUCUGGAAUGCAUCAUGAGACUCAGACUUACCCUGCUUAUGCAUCUCAAGCUCAGCCACAGCCAAAUCUCAGAAUAGACUCUUCAGGAUUUAAACCAACUACUACUCAGCCGAAAGCAGAAGCCUCACCUGCAGUCCCUUACCUUUCCCCGUCGCCUGAAUCAAACCCUGCAACCUCAUCAGCCUCUGCAGUAAAUGCUAAUGUAAACCUAACUAAUGUCAGACUGGAGGAGCCUACUGCUGCUCCUUACAACUCUUACCAACCACAAGCGGGCCCCUCAAGAACAGCGAGUGCUGAGGGAGCUCAUGUAGUACUAAGAGACCAAGAGCCAUCAUCCUUAUCGCCGCAUAUAGACCCAGCAAAGGUGUACCGAAAGGAUCCAUACAUUAAUGAAGAUGCAUCCAGACAAAGCUACGUCUUAAAACAGCCAGCAAUGAAUCACCCAGUACAGAGACAGGAAAGAGACCCAAAUCUGAUCUAUGAAUCCCAGGCUCAGUAUGCAGAAAAACAGCCGAGUAGGGAUUAUGAACAGUCAACCUAUAGGUAUGACUCUACAAACUAUGUAGAUCAAUUUUCUCGUGGUUAUGACCCUCGCCUACAUUAUGAUGACCGUGUGCCUCCCUACGAGGAGCACUGGACAUAUUACGAGGAGAAGCAGCCCUAUAACCAAACAAGAACAGCUUAUGAAAACCAGCCUCCUAGGGAUCUUGAUUCCAGACAAAAUCUAGAAGAGAGCACAGAACGCAGCUACUACCCAGCACAACCUCGUUUUGAGGAGCCCCCUGCCAUGAGCUAUGAGAGCAGACCUCGCUAUGAGCAUGCCCCCAAGAACUUCAGCUUACCACAGGUGCGAUACGAAGAUCAACACGCGGUGGGCUACGACGCCCACGGCCGAUACAAGGCAGAGGCUCAGCCGUACCAGUCAGCCAUAUCUCGCUCUCCUGAACCCAAGCAGUACUUUGAUCCACACAUAAGGGGCUAUGAGCAAGGUCCUCCUCAAGCUUACAAUGCUAAAGCUGGACAAUAUGAACCUUCUCAUAGCACUUCAGGUGUUUCUCUUCCUCCUCCCCCUUCAUCACAAACCAAACCAGAAGUUUUGCCUUCCAACAGUAAACCACUGCCUACACCACCAUCUCUAGCUGAGGAAGAAGAAGAUCCAGCCAUGAAACCACAGUCUGUGCGAAGUAGGGUUAAGAUAUUUGAAAGGAGAAGAUCCCCAUCUUUGGAAAAAAUGAAGGACACCAGUGAUACAUCAACUGUCAAGCCUCCAGAACUAGCACCUAAGCCUGCACUCACAAGUGUGAGUGGUCCAAAACCAACUUCUCAAAGCCAGUAUGAGCACGAGAAAACAACCUACAGGGCCCCAGAACCACAGAGACCUCAAGUGAAGCCUCCUGAGGACAUUGUGCGUUCCAACCACUACGACCCCGAGGAGGAUGAGGAGUAUUACCGCAAGCAGCUCUCCUACUUCGACCGCAGGAGUUUUGAAAACAAGCCAUCGGCACAGGUUCCUGCCAGCCAUCACUCUGAGCCCACCAAACCAAUCCAUUCACAGAACCAGCUGAAUUUCAGCAAUUAUUCUAAAUUUCUUGGCUCUUACACUAGCUAUGACUACUUGAAAAGGAACAUCAAGUGGGGGAAACCAACUGAUACUGAAUCAAUGGACAGACCUGUUGGUGAAAAACGCUAUGAGCCAAUCCCUCAAGUUACAACUCCUCCUCCUGCUCCUUCAGUCCAGUACACACAGCCACAGUCAAUUAAUAGCCCUGUCCUGUCUCUCCCAGCACACCACAAGCCUGCACUUUCUGAAGUUAACUCUGUGUCUGACCCUCCUCCACCUCAGAAUAAGUCAGCAAUUUUCAGAUCCUCUAGAGAGGACACUGUGCAGUCCACUUUUUACCCUCAGAAAAGCUUCCCUGAUAAAGGCCCUGUGAAUGGAACUGAGCAGAUUCAGAAACCAGUCACUCCUUCCUACAACCGCUUCUCAACCAAACCUUACACGAGCGCCGCGCGGCCCUUUGAGCGCAAGUUCGAGAGUCCCAAAUUCAACCACAAUCUCUUGCCAAAUGAAGCUCAGCAUAAACCAGAGUUGCCAUCAAAAUCUUCAAAUUCUCCUCAACCAAUUUUGAAAGCACACAGCUCAUCGCAGCCCCCCGACUUUGAGAGUGGAAUGGACACCUAUGCUGUACAGGUCGACAAGCCUAAAUAUCAACCAAAUAAUGUCAAUGCUGUGCCUAAAGCCAUUCCUGUAAGCCCUACAGCACUUGAGGAUGAGGAGGAGGAAGAUGGACACACUGUUGUAGCCACAGCAAGAGGUGUAUUUAACAGCAAUGGUGGUGUAUUGAGCUCCAUAGAGACUGGAGUUAGUAUUAUUAUACCACAAGGAGCCAUUCCAGAGGGAAUAGAGCAAGAAAUAUAUUUCAAAGUCUGCAGAGACAACAGUAUACUUCCACCUUUGGAUAAAGAGAAAGGUGAAACACUUCUUAGCCCCUUGGUAAUGUGUGGGCCUCAUGGACUAAAAUUCCUGAAGCCAGUGGAGCUGCGCCUGCCACACUGUGCGUCUAUGACCCCUGAUGGUUGGUCUUUUGCUCUAAAAUCCUCCGACUCCUCGUCGGGUGACCCCAAAACCUGGCAGAACAAGUCUCUUCCCGGGGAUCCAAACUAUCUUGUUGGAGCAAACUGUGUCUCAGUCCUAAUUGACCACUUCUAAAUAUUAAGUUAGCUGACUGAGUAAAUAAUAUGAAACUGAGAUGGACCUUACAUAUAAACUGAACCACUCUAUCAAGUAUUAACUGUUCUAUAAGUGAUAAUGGAUCUUAGUGUUUAAGCAUCUUGCUUUAACUAACAAUGAAUUAGCAAGUACACUCUUUGAACCAUGGUCACAAUACAUGCCACAAGCAGGGAGUGUACAGGGGAACAAGGUUUUGCAGGUUCUGUAUGCUUUGGUUUGGUUGUUCUUUUGUGUUGGGUUUUUUGUUUCUUUUUUGUUGUUUCUUUUUUUUUUUUCUUUGUUAAAGGACACUACUAGUAUUUUGUUGUUAUCUGAAAGUACCAAUGAAACUAUACACAGAGGAACUAAAUUUGUUUCAUACUCCAGUGUCAAAACCACAGAUUUUGGCCUGCAUUUUUGCAACUGUGUGUUUUUAACUCACAAGACUACCUUUUGGUCUCUGGUUUUUAAAUGACUUUUGGUGUACAUGUCCAAGGAAAUGGCAGUCAGCUUGGGGUAGCACAGUUUAGAUGUUUUCCUCUGCUGAGAGGUAAUGCAAACACAUCUACAUGCUGUGUAUGGAAACAUUGUCCUGAGAACAGGGGGGAGGGGGAAAAGCAUGUGGGAUGACUAUGGUUCAGAUGCCUCUGUGGAUUUGUAAAUUAACCACAUUAUUACAGACCUAUUAACCAGCAGGGAUGCCUUACCCUCAUGUUUUUAAUAGUCUUAGCUCUCAUAGUUCUCUGUAUUAAGUUUGUAUGGCUUUUGUGCUUACUUAGGUAUUAUAUCAUGAGAGACUGGGGUGGGGGGGAACAACAACAAAAAAAUUGUGAGUUUGGUUUAGAGAAAGAGCGUUGUUUGUGUUCAUCAGCCAGAAGAGAACCAGAAGAAAAUGAUGGUAUGUUUUCUGCUAUGCAUUUGAAAAUUUAUAGAUGUUAUAGACCGCUUGUAUAUAAUGCGUGCAUACCACUUUUGUUUUUGGUUUGUAAAUUAACUUUUAUAAGCUUUACCUUUUUAUAUAUAUAAAUAUAUAUAAAAACAAACGAAGUUUCUUAAGGAUAUCUUUGUAUUCUCAUACCUUUUGAGCCUUGAACUUUGACAUCUGCAGCAAUAAAGCAGCAUUUCUACAAUAUACGAACGAGGACAUUUUUUAAAAAUGCACAAAGUUGUUACCUUUUAAAGUGCUGCAUUUAAAGAAUAUAACUCGGAAUUCUCUACUUUGAUUAAAUUCUUGAAAAGUAUCCCUACUGUAAUUUGUCAUAAGGAUGCUGUACUAUGUGCCCUGAAAUGUAUUUUUUUACUAAUAGACAAUUUAUUACGGCACAAUGGCACUACUACUGUUUAGAUAAUAUACCACUGCAUUCUGUUAAUGAGUUAUUAGCUAUUCAGGUGUGGCUGAUUUUUUUUUUCUCUGCAGUUAUUAAAUUACACGUUUCUAAAUAUACAGAAUAAAACCGUUUUUAAAAUAAUAAA